AUGUCACUGCCUCAGAAGGGAGUAGGACUCUCAAAUGCGGCAUCCCGCAAGGGCUUUCAGGCUUUCUUCUCUAAAGUGGCUGACAUGGUAGAGGAAGCUUUGCAGCAUAACGAAACCGUAGACAUCCUAAAGAACGACAUGCUACACAUGGAAGGUGCUGCUGGCACAGCACUGCAACUGGAAACCGAAGAGGGUCUGAAAGAGGCAUUCACAUUCACUGAUCUCUCCCACUCAAAAAACAAGCUCAUUUCGUACAUCCGAUGGAUUCCUGAGUCAGAAAAGCUGAUAGCAUGCGCCGCAAUGGACACUGCAUCCUUCGAUGAACGCGUGGAUGCUCCUUCUCGUUCGUCAAAGUCUGUUAUCCUCAUUUGGUCUCUUGAAAAUCCGCUUGUUCCCCAGCAACUGUUUGUUGCUCCUUCUGGCGAGAUGUACGGCUCCCGUGCCGCCGUCGAGAGCUAUUUUGCCGUGAUAAAUGCCAGCUAA